AUGCACGAGCAAUCACUUUUCGCCUCGGUCCCUGUUCACCAACAUCAUGAGCUCCUGCAGCAGUUGGCCGGGUUGACUGCCAUGCAACCUCGCCACUGCCUGGAACGCCGGUUGAUCUUCAAAGCCUACCGGAAACCGGGCUUGGCGGGGCGUACCGGAGCCAGUCAAGACCUCCAACAGAGUGACCUGCAUCGUUUGAACAAGAUGCUCAAUGGAAAUAUGUACUACACCCAGGUAGUCGGACCCGUUUCCGAAAAGAGUUUCGGUUCCGCCCUUACAGAAACGCCCUAUGAUUAUGAGCGCCAGCCAUGGAAAUUGGAGUUUCGCGACAUUCCUGAAGCCGGGACCCGCUCGGCUGUCACGUCACGCUUGAUGUCUAGUGCCACUUUGCCUCGGGGUGAUAUUGUGCCAUCUAUGAAUGCGUGGGGCUACAAUUUCACUACCGAGUUUGUGGUCGAAGGUGACAUGUUCGUUUACAAUGACAUCGCCAUCUUCUUGCAUCGCGUGCUGCACUACCCCGAGGAGUCUAACCAGCCCCGACAGAGUCUGCCUGCGCUCAAGGAUAUGACCCUGUUGGAGAAGAGUGGUAGCUAUGUUCUGCAGGCUUUUAUCAUCGUUCAGGAUGGCAGUAAUCAAGAGUCUAUGAAGACUGCUUCGCAGCAUCUCUUUGGUCUGCGUGAGCAGUUGAAGUCUGCGGUUCGUCUUGAGCAGGCUGAUCGACUAUCUCUGGACACAAGGGCAAAGUAG